AUGUGCACAAAAGUAACCCUCCGCCACAUCUCCUGCAAACACGAUUUUUGGAUCCGCCGCAACUGCCACCGCCACCCAACCUGCGACUUCCAAACCUACGUCACCCGCGAACGCGGCGGCGAGUGCUGGGAUUGCGAUCCAGGCCAGGGCCCGCCCGAGGCCUUGUUCCCGAGAGAAGUGUCGUGGAGGCGGGUGAAGAAGAGGCCGUGUGGUGGGGGUGCGGUGUCGGUGUGA